UUAGCCGUUCCUUGUUGCUGUUUGCUCAAAACGGCUUAGCAAAUAAGCAUUUCAAACCUAUGGUGAACCGUGAUUCGUCACAAUGUUGAACCACAGACAAAUAUGAUGUGUAAUACAUGUCACGAGACUUUACAUUUUAUAGUUACUAUUUAGGAAUUUGUUAAGAGAAGGGUUUGGCACCGAGAUACUGAUAACUACAUUUUUUUACUGAUAGCUACAUGACCAUCAUGUGUAUCUCGCGACGUGAUAAAUUUUAUGUUUGUAAUGAUAUAACUAAAUUAUAUGUAGUUGAUGAAAAAAACAAAAUUACACGUUGCUGACAAAAAAAAAACAAAAUUACAUGUUAUAAAGCUUAUAAUUCAUUCUGAAAAAAUUGUCUAUUUUUGACAACCUUUAUUUAUAUUCCAAAUAAAUUAUAGUUACGAUUAAUUUUAUUUAUCUUCUCUAGAAUUUGUCAUCUAACAAAUUAAAUCUCAGUUCAUUAGUCAUUGAGGAGGCAUUCAAAAAGGCUAUCCUCAGCUAGUUGAAAAUGACACUAAUAUCUCUGAACUUUUUGCAACAAUUUUCAUUAGAAAAUGUAUAACUGUUUUUGAAAAUGAAGCAUGUAUGUUUUCCUAAUCAUUAAUUAUUUGUCAACCACUUGAUUAAAAGAGCUUUCACAGUUAUUAUACCCAGUCGACUAAUAACUCACAAGUACAUGUACUUAUAUUGUUAUCCUAUUAGUAACUUGUAGUAUAUUUGAGAAAGAAAAAUAAAGAAAAGUAAUCGAAUCUUGUUUUGAAACUUAAUAUACUCAAAACUGUAAAGUCAAAUAAACAAUACACCAUUCAGCAAUCUUAAUUUACAAAGAAUUUAUUGCUGAAUAUAAAGCCCCCAACUACAAGAAUGUACUAUUUUAAUUUAUUUAUCUUAUUUUCUUUCUAGAACUAAAAAGGAUCCAGUGGGUACGAGGCAUUAUUCAUGUUUAUAAGAGGCACAAGCCGGUAGUAAAAUCUGAGUCGGUCGGUCUUCAAAUCACCUAAAUUUACUCUAUUCGUACUGAAAGGAUUUCGCAUAUCUCGAAAAGUAGUGUAAAACAAAAGUCACUUUUCGUGUAAAAAAUAAUAUAAAAUGCGAAAUAGAGAAAUAAAGAUAAUAAAAAGGAAAUAAAAUUUAUUGAUAACCUAACAAACAACUAAAAGAUGAAAACACGACACCAACCUCUACCUGCAUACUUAAGUUUCUUCUUUAAAUGUUGCAGCUGUCUCCUUGCCUUUCCCAUCUUCUCUCUCACUCUUAAGACUUUAAAUUCACACGUUAAUAUAGCUUCAAUAACAAUCUUUUUUUCAUUUAUAUAUUUUCCUCUCAUAUCUCAGAUCUUCUAUCACGCCCUCUUCUCUUUUCCAUUGAUCUCUGGAUCAUAAAGAAAGUAAGAAAGUAUUAGUGUCUUGAAUAAUAGACAUUUUAGGUCUCAUAUGGACCAAGAUGAUCAGAGAGACGAAGCAGAGACGGUAACGUGCGGUAACAGCAAGUGCAAGAGCAAGAUCGUCCCUGGAGAUGGUCAAGAUGGAGACGAAACCAAGAAAAAGAACAAGAAGAUAUCGCAUAAGGCAACAAGACGACGUCAACUAAUAUCGUUUAGUGAGCUUCCGGAUUACAUGAAGGAUAACGAAUUUAUAUUGAAUUAUUACAGAGCUGAUUGGUCCAUUAGAGAUGCUUUCUUCAGCGUCUUCAGUUUCCACAAUGAGUCCCUCAACGUUUGGACACAUUUACUAGGUUUCAUCUUAUUUGUGGCACUUACUAUUGCCAACGUUAUGCAUCACGAUAAGUUCUUCCCCGUGGAUGCAAAGAGUCCAAGGAAUGUAACAAGAUGGCCAUUCUUCGUCUUCUUAGGAGGCUCAAUGUUCUGCUUACUCUCAAGCAGCAUUUGUCACCUCUUCUGCUGCCACUCCAAAGACCUUAACCUUGUCCUCCUCCGCAUAGACUAUACCGGUAUCUCGGUCAUGAUCAUCACUUCCUUCUUUCCAGCAAUGUACUACAUCUUCCUAUGCACUCCUCGUUGGUACGUCAUCUACCUCACAGGCAUCACCUCUAUGGGAAUCUUCGCAAUCAUCACACUCUUCACUCCAUCACUCUCCUCUCCCAAGUACCGCGGUUUUCGCGCUUUGCUCUUCGCCGUCAUGGGGCUUUUCGGUAUCGUUCCAGGUGUCCAUGCCCUAGUGGUUAACUGGGGAAACCCGCAAAGGAACGCGACGCUUGUUUAUGAGUUGGCUAUGGCAGUGUUCUAUCUUGUUGGGACAGGGUUCUAUGUAGGGAGAGUGCCUGAGAGGUUUAAACCGGGAUGGUUUGAUCGUGUGGGACAUAGUCAUCAGAUCUUUCAUGUGUUUGUUUUGUUGGGUGCUUUGUCUCACUAUGCAGCUGCUCUCUUGUUCUUGGACUGGCGUGACCAUGUUAGUUGUUAAACCAAUAAAUAUAUAUUUGUAAUUUUUUUGAAUUAAAAAAAUAUUAUUAUUA